UUUUUUUUUUCACAUAAAAAUCCUUCUUCCUAAAUUACCCACUUUUUCCACUCCUUACUCUGUCAAUGAUAAUUAAUAAUGGGGCUAAGUGUAAUGAUAAUUAACAUAGUUUAUUUAAUAUCAUUCAUAUGCUCAAUUUAUAUAGCACUUUCUUUAUUAAAACUUAGAAAAAAUCCAUUGAUUGGUAUAUACUGUUGUGCUUAUUGUUUAUUAUGUUGUAAUAUUUUAAGCGGAGUUAUAUUCAAGAAUGAUUUGUCAUCCGCCCCAAAAGCUUUUUGUUUUUUCCAAGGAUACAUGGUUCAGUUUAUUUGUUAUAUAACUUCAAUGUCAGCGAUAUGUUUUUCACAUGAGAUUUAUUCAUUAUUAAUGAAUCACAAACAUUCAACAUUUUUUGAAAGUAAAAAGGGUUAUUAUUUGUUAAUAAUAUUAUAUCCUUUAAUUAUGGGUAUACCAUUAUUUAUUGUAUGUUUUAAAACUGAUGCCAUAAUUCCAAGAGAACUAAAAUGUGAUGUGGCUAAUCCUAUAUGGGUUAGAUUAUUGGGAUAUUCUGGUGCUAAUUUUAUAUUAAGUAUCCCUGGAAUGUAUUUCAGCGCACGCUCAGCAUAUAUUUUAUAUAAACAUUUGGAUCGAUUUAAAGAUUUCUCAUUAAAUGAAGAUACUAGUCAAAGUAGUCAAACAUUCCCUAAUUCACCAAAUUCACAAAUAACGCAAUCUCCUAUAUCGCGACAAUUUUCACAAACUAAAAACAAUCUUGAUCAAAAAAGAUAUAGUUUGACAAAAGAGGCUGUAAUUAGAAUGUCCAUUCUUUCUUCAAGUAUUAUUUUAAUACAUUGUUUAGGAAGUAUAGGUACUAUAAUAAGUGUUCUGACCCAUGAAUCACUUUCAAAGAAAGUAAAUCUCAAUGAUUGGGCUGGUAGUGUUAUUGGUAUUUGCACUUUUCUAAUUUUUGGGUUUAGUAAAGAAAUUAGAAAUGCCUGGCAUUGAUUAACGUAAGUUACGUAAUUCGGUCAACUUCUCGUUAUGACCAAGUUAAUCAAUUAAUUUUUGAAUUCUUUGCUAUAAAAAUAUAACGACAGAAAUUUAUUUCGGACCGACUGCACCUAAUAUUUAGUACAUAUGAUUUAUUUAUUAAUUAUAAUAUAUAUAUUAUCUCUCUUAACAAUUAUAUUGUAUACAGUAUGCGAUUAUUAUUAUUAUUAUAUAUCUAUACAUGGAUUUUUUUUUUUUUUUUAACAGGGUAGUUAUUAAUUUGUACUAUAUAUAGAAAUACCCCGAAUUACGAAUUAUUAAUAAGAAAAGAUCUUCAACUAAAAUCUACCACUAAAUUAGAUUACUUGUAGAUACUUAAAUUCGUAAUUUAAUUUAAUGUAAUCUUGUAAUCCUAUAAUAUUCAUUUGUAAGUACGGUAAUAAAUUGUGUUCUUUCAUUGUAACGUUAUGU